UUCUGCCGUGGCAGCUGUAGCAGGCAACUCUAGAAGGAGAGACUCUUCUGGGCUUUUGGUAUUUUUCCAAGGAGUGUUUUUCUUCCCCAGUUCCUCACUGGUAGUGUAGUUUCUUUCCUCCAAAGCCGCCUUCUUUUUCUGAUGAGAUGCUGAUUCUGAUCUGCCAUCUAGCAGCUUCCGGUAGCGGCCAACUGUUGAAACCUGGUGAAACAUAAUCAGGUACAAUAAUGUUCUGCAGUAAAAAGAAAUCGCUUGAAGUGGAACGGAUGGUGAAAGCCAAUGACCGUGAAUAUAAUGAAAAGUUCCAGUAUGCAGAUAAUCGUAUCCACACAUCCAAGUACAACAUUCUUACCUUCUUGCCAAUUAAUUUAUUUGAACAGUUCCAAAGAGUGGCAAAUGCCUAUUUCCUUUUCCUUCUGAUUUUACAGCUGAUUCCAGAAAUCUCCUCCUUGACCUGGUUUACCACCAUUGUGCCUUUGGUCCUGGUGAUAACUAUGACCGCUGUCAAAGAUGCCACAGAUGACUUUUUUCGCCAUAAGAGUGAUAAUCAAGUGAAUAAUCGGCUAUCUGAAGUGCUCAUCGACAGCAAACUGCAGAAUGAAAAAUGGAUGAAUGUCAAAGUGGGAGACAUCGUUAAAUUAGAAAAUAACCAAUUUGUUGCUGCUGAUCUGCUUCUCCUAUCAAGUAGUGAGCCACAUGGCCUCUGUUAUAUUGAAACUGCUGAGCUUGAUGGGGAAACGAACCUUAAAGUCCGCCAUGCACUAUCAGUUACCUCAGAACUUGGAGCAGACUUUAGCAGACUUGCAAAAUUUGAUGGGAUUGUGGUCUGUGAGGCGCCUAACAACAAAUUAGAUAAAUUCACGGGAGUUCUCUCCUGGAAGGACAGCAAGCACUGCCUCAACAAUGAGAAUAUAGUCCUGAGGGGCUGCAUCCUGAGAAACACCAGCUGGUGUUUUGGAAUGGUUAUUUUUGCAGGUCCUGACACUAAAUUAAUGCAGAACAGUGGUAAGACAAAGUUUAAGAGGACAAGCAUUGAUAGGCUGAUGAAUACUCUAGUACUAUGGAUAUUUGGGUUUCUGGUAUGCUUGGGAAUUAUUCUUGCAAUAGGAAAUUCAAUCUGGGAGAAUCAAGUUGGAGACCAAUUCAGAACUUUCCUCUUUUGGAAUGAAGGAGAGAAGAACACUAUAUUCUCAGGAUUCUUAACAUUCUGGUCAUAUAUUAUUAUUCUCAAUACAGUUGUACCCAUUUCAUUAUAUGUGAGUAUGGAAGUAAUUCGUCUGGGACACAGUUACUUUAUAAACUGGGAUCGGAAGAUGUAUUACUCUGGAAAAUCCACACCUGCAGAAGCUCGGACGACCACUCUAAAUGAGGAACUGGGCCAGAUUGAAUACAUUUUCUCUGACAAAACAGGCACCCUCACUCAAAACAUCAUGACUUUUAAAAAAUGUUCCAUUAAUGGGAAAAUCUAUGGCGAAGUUCAUGAUGACAUGGGUCAGAAAACAGAUAUAACUAAGAAAAAUGAGCCUGUGGAUUUCUCAGUCAAUCCCCAAGCAGAUACAACAUUUCAGUUCUUUGACCACCGUCUGAUGGAAUCUGUUAAGCUGGGGGAUUCCAAAGUGUAUGAAUUUCUUCGAUUACUUGCCCUUUGUCACACCGUAAUGUCGGAGAAAAAUAGUGCAGGGCAGCUGAUUUACCAAGUUCAGUCACCUGAUGAGGGGGCUUUAGUGACUGCUGCAAGAAAUUUUGGGUUCAUUUUUAAGUCUCGAACCCCAGAGACAAUAACUGUAGAAGAAUUGGGAACACUGGUUACUUACCAACUGCUUGCCUUCUUGGACUUCAACAAUAUCAGAAAAAGGAUGUCUGUCAUAGUUCGAAACCCAGAAGGACAGAUAAAGCUUUAUUCCAAAGGAGCAGACACUAUUCUAUUUGAAAAACUUCAUCCAUCCAAUGAAGACCUUCUGACUUUGACGACAAACCAUCUCAGUGAAUUUGCAGGGGAAGGCCUUCGAACGUUGGCCAUUGCAUACAGAGAUCUGGAUGACAAGUACUUUAAAGAGUGGCAUAAGAUGCUUGAAGAUGCAAGCGCUCUCAUGGAUGAGAGGGAUGAACGGAUAGCUGGACUAUAUGAAGAAAUUGAAAGGGAUUUAAUGCUACUAGGUGCCACUGCUGUAGAAGAUAAGUUACAAGAGGGUGUUAUUGAAACGAUUGCAAGUUUAUCAUUAGCUAAUAUUAAGAUCUGGGUCCUCACAGGAGACAAACAAGAAACUGCCAUCAACAUUGGCUAUGCCUGCAACAUGCUGACUGAUGACAUGAAUGAUGUGUUCAUUAUAGCAGGGAACACAGCAGUGGAAGUCAGAGAAGAACUCAGAAAAGCAAAGGAAAAUUUGUUUGGACAAAACAGAAGUUCUUCCAACGGCCAUGUAGUUUUUGAAAAACAGCAGCUGGAGCUGGACUCAGUUGUAGAAGAAACCAUAACAGGAGAUUAUGCCUUAGUCAUAAAUGGCCACAGUUUGGCCCAUGCCCUAGAAAGUGAUGUCAAGAAUGAUCUCCUAGAACUUGCCUGCAUGUGUAAGACUGUGGUUUGCUGCCGAGUCACCCCACUCCAGAAAGCCCAAGUAGUAGAGCUGGUGAAGAACUAUAGGAAUGCUGUCACUUUGGCCAUAGGUGAUGGAGCCAAUGAUGUCAGCAUGAUCAAAAGUGCUCACAUUGGCGUUGGCAUCAGCGGCCAGGAAGGACUGCAGGCAGUCUUAGCCAGUGACUAUUCAUUUGCACAAUUUAGAUACCUCCAAAGGCUUCUCCUUGUUCAUGGAAGGUGGUCCUAUUUCCGAAUGUGCAAAUUCUUAUGCUAUUUCUUCUAUAAGAAUUUUGCAUUCACACUUGUGCAUUUCUGGUUUGGUUUCUUCUGUGGUUUCUCAGCCCAGACUGUUUAUGACCAGUGGUUUAUUACCCUUUUUAACAUUGUCUACACAUCACUGCCUGUUUUAGCCAUGGGCAUUUUUGACCAGGAUGUGAGUGACCAGAACAGCAUGGACUAUCCCCAGCUCUACGAACCUGGACAGCUGAACCUACUGUUUAACAAGCGUAAAUUUUUCAUCUGCAUAGCACAUGGCAUCUACACCUCACUGGCCCUUUUCUUCAUCCCCUAUGGAGCCUUUUACAAUGUGGCUGGAGAAGAUGGGCAGCACAUAGCUGACUACCAGUCUUUUGCAGUUACCAUGGCUACGUCUUUGGUCAUUGUGGUCAGUGUGCAGAUAGCCUUGGAUACCAGUUACUGGACUGUCAUUAAUCAUGUCUUCAUCUGGGGCAGCGUUGCCACUUACUUCUCCAUUUUAUUUACCAUGCACAGUAAGGGCAUCUUUGGCAUCUUCCCAAACCAGUUUCCAUUUGUUGGAAAUGCACGACAUUCUUUGACCCAGAAGUGCAUCUGGCUUGUUAUUCUCUUGACAACAGUGGCAUCAGUUGUGCCUGUGGUGGUAGUCAGAUUUUUGAAGAUGGAUUUAUGCCCAACCCUGAGUGACCAGAUCCGUCAGAGGCAAAAGGCUCAAAAGAAGACAAGGCCCUUACGUAGCCGAAGGCCUCAGACUCGCAGGUCAAGCUCAAGAAGAUCUGGAUAUGCUUUUGCUCACCAAGAGGGCUACGGAGAGCUUAUCACAUCUGGAAAAAAUAUGCGAGCUAAAAACCCACCCCUAACCUCAGGGUUGGAAAAGACACUGUAUAAUAGCACUAGCUGGAUUGAAAAUUUCUGCAAGAAAACCACAGACACUGUGAGCAGCUUUAGCCAGGAUAAAACAGUGAAACUGUGAGUCAAGAUGAACUUGAACCACAUAGUGACUUUUCACUUCAGCUAGAGCUGAAAUUCAGCUCCAAAGUUUGGGAUCAGGGGCUGGGGUGGGACAGAUUGCCUCACGUCAUUUAAAUCUGUGGCAGACAGCUGCCGGUGGCCAGAUGGUCACUGUCUAAGUUGUGAUUUGCUGGGCAAAGGCCUCACCAUACAAGCAGAAGUUUUCAUCAACCUAGAUACCAACCUCAACUUUAGAAUCUUAUUUGUGGAGAAAAACUUGUAAAUCUGCAUAUACAUUGAAUGCAUCUUCAAGUGGAUAAAAUGGUGCAUUUGGAAGGUAUACAUCCCAGCUGUGAAAAAGCAUGCUUGUUGACAAACACAUGUAAGAUCAACCUUUCCCAAGGUAUAUUUUUAAGAUGUACAACAUAUAUUAUGGUGCUUUCAGACUAAGAGCAGCUUGUGACUCUUUAGUCUUGAUAUCUACAUACCUUUGUUUUUACCCAGGAGAACACAUCACCUUCAUGGCCUGAAGAAUAGAAAAACAUGUUGGUGUUCCUCAUCUUUUUUUUUACUGGUCUAAAGACAAAGUAGGUUGGAGCAUCUUAACAGUGGGAUAAGCUAGGAAUUUGGUCAAAUGUAUUCACAAAGCUCUCAGGGAUAUGUUCAUGAAAUGUCCAAGAGAGGUUCUCUAUUAAGUAUUCCAAAUACUUUCCAAUGACUUUGAUAACAACCUCAGUAGUAACUUACCCUGCAUCAUCCAGAACCAUUAAUGAAACCAGCAUAGCAUUGGGAUUUCACACUUUAAUGAUAAUAUUCCAAAUAGUGUAUGGGUAAAUACGUUCAAUAUUUCCAAUUUUAAAAAGUUUAAACAACCUCUUCAAUUACUAUUUAAAUACUCAGGCUUAAAUCUUUCAUAGUUAGUUGCUUUUGAUAUUUAGCUGUCAUGUUUAUAAUUUAAACAUAAACAUAUGUAGAUAAAGUUAGUUUUCUGGAGUUGUUCCAGUACAGAUUUCCAGUCCACAUGUGAGUCACCAGUUUAGUUCCUGUAAAAGAAUUCAGGCAGAUUUGUGUUCAGACUCCAGCUCUAUUACUUCUUACCUCUAUAACCUUGGGCAGGUAACGUGCCUCCUCUGAAACUCACUUUCUUCCUCUGUAAAUGAGGAUAUACUACCUACCUCAUGUGGUUGUUUGAGGAUUAUCAAAGCACAAAUUCUUAAAUCAUUGAAACCAUAAUUCUCAUAUGAAUGGAGUUCCAUUUAACUCAUCAUCAGAAUAACAGCAAUUUGAAGAGAAUGUGAAGAAUGGGAAUUUAAUCAGUAGGAAAGACCUUGAUGAAAUGAGAUUGCAAAGUAAGACAUUAAAACUGGUUAGCAUCCUACAAAGAAAUAAAAUUAUCACCCUGGAGGUAAAUUUCUCUAUCAGAAAGUGCAAAUAAAACAUCAUCAUGCUUUAUCAAUUUUCUGUAAGUCCACCUCCAACUUGACAAGGCACCUAAUCUGGUCUCUGUUGAAUUAUUACUCAAAGUUAUCUUUCCCAAGAGAGCCAGAUGGCCCUUGGGUGAGUUUGAUGGAUAAUAGGCUAGCAUGAUAUUAAUAGAUGACACAAUCCCUUUUUUCUUUGUGUUUUUGUUUUUUGUUUUGUUUUGUUUUUUGGGGGUUUUUUUUGGUCAUACUUUCCUAGUCUGGGAUAUUUUUUCCUGAAUGGGACCAAAUAAGAUAUAUGUAAAAGACCCUAAUACAGUGUUUUAAUCAUAGUAAAUACUAAGGUAUUCCCUUUCCACACAUGCCUGCAUGGACUUACCCAGAUACUAGUUUUCAGUGUCAAACUUGUCAUUAGUUUCACUGUGUUUGCUUGCUUUUUGUAACAUUUUUGAAAGAUUUGAAAACCUUUAAUAAAUG